CUCUGCAUAUAAAGGAGCUUCCUAGUUGAGUUAUUAAAGCAGCUGGCAGGUGAUUUCCUUCGGCUGAGAAGAAAGAGCCAGCAUGUCCAGCCUUCCUCUGCUGCUGCUGCUCUGGGCCCUGGGCUCUCAGGGCUUCCCAGCAACAUCCGACACACAAGAACAAGAUAUGGAGAUGGUCCAGAAAUAUCUGGAAAACUACUACAACCUAAAGAUUGAUGGGAUGCAAAAAAAGCAGAGAAGCCAUGAUCCACUUGCUGAAAAGCUGAAGCAAAUGCAGGAAUUUUUUGGGCUGAAGGUGACUGGGAAGCCAGAUGCUGAAACUCUGAAAAAGAUGAAGCAGCCCAGAUGUGGGGUGUCCGAUGUGACCCUCCGCUUUAAACUCACUCCAGGGAACCCUCGAUGGGAGCACACACACCUGACCUACAGGAUCGAAAACUACACACCAGAUUUGCCAAGAGCAGAUGUGGACCACGCCAUCGAGAAAGCCUUUCAACUCUGGAGCAAAGUCUCUCCCCUGACUUUCAGAAGGGUCUUUCAGGGUCAGGCAGACAUAAUGCUCUCCUUUGUGUGGGGAGAUCACUAUGACAACAAUCCCUUUUAUGGACCUGAUGGAAUCCUUGCCCAUGCUUUUCAACCAGGCCCAGGAAUUGGAGGUGAUGUUCAUUUUGAUGAAGAUGAAACAUGGACCAGUGAUUCCAGAAAUUACAACUUGUAUCGUGUUGCGGCUCAUGAAUUGGGUCAUUCCCUUGGACUCUCUCACUCUACUGAUAUUGGGGCUUUGAUGUACCCCAAUUACAUCUUCAGUGAUGAUGUUGAGCUAAAUCAGGAUGACAUCAAUGGCAUCCAGGCCAUAUACGGACCUUCCGAAAAUCCUAUCCAGCCAAAUGUCCCACAAACCCCAAAAGUGUGUGAUAACAAGCUCACUUUUGAUGCUAUAACUACAAUUCGGGGAGAAAUGAUGUUCUUCAAAGACAGAUUCUAUAUGCGUACAAAUUCCUACUAUCCAGAAGUUGAGCUCAACCUCAUUUCUGUUUUCUGGCCACAUUUGCCAAAAGGAUUUCAAGCUGCUUACGAAGUUGUCUAUAGAGAUGAAGUCCGGUUUUUCAAAGGUAACAAGUACUGGGCAGUUCAGGGGCAGGACGCAUUAUACGGAUACCCCAAGGACAUCUACAGCUCCUUCGGCUUCCCAAGAAGUGUGAAACACAUUGAUGCUGCUGUUUCUGAGGAAGAAACUGGAAAAACAUACUUCUUUGUUGCUAACCAGUACUGGAGGUAUGAUGAAUAUAAACGCUCCAUGGAUGCAGGCUAUCCCAAAAUGAUAGUGGAAGACUUUCCUGGAAUAGGCAACAAAGUUGAUGCUGUCUUCAAGAAAGAUGGAUUUUUCUAUUUCUUUCAUGGAACAAGACAAUACAAAUUUGAUCCUAAAACUAAGAGAAUUUUGACUCUCCUGAAAACAAACAGCUGGUUCAACUGCAGAUAAUAAUUGACCAUCACAUAGUGAACAGAAAAAUAUAUUUCAACAGCCCAAGAAAGUGUUUUCUUGAAGAGCCAUGCAUUCAAAUACAAUAGUCUUUAAGUAUAAUAUUAUUGUAUUUCAUUCUGCACGCUUUUCACAAUUGAGAUUGUAAUUUGCUAUGUACUGCUAUAAUUCAGUUCCACAAAUGAGGGUGAAGAAAUUCAUUACUUGUUUAGUCACAUGGGCCAGUUUUGCAAAGAGAGAAGCUUCUUUCCAACGUCUAAGUCUCAGACAUUAGUCCUGGGAGCAGCCUUAAUGAUAAACAUCUCUUUCAAGAAAAAAGAGAUGAGAGAUAAGAAUCUUCACCUGAGGAAAAGCCUUUCAAGAACAUGUAAGCAGCCACUCGUAUCAUCCUAACAUGCAAGGGACAGCUUCUAUUACAGAAAAUAAAGUGUUUUAUCUUUGGA